GACCCGGUGCCCGCAGUCUUGCCAGACGACUCUGUGCCCGCAGUCUUGCCAGACGACUCUGUGCCCGCAGUCUUGCCAGACGACUCGAUGCCCACUGUCGUGCCUGGUGACUCGGGCCCGAGACCCUGUCGCACCUCCGCCUGGGGGCCCGAGGCCUGUCGCCCUCUGGGGGCCGGGGGUCGCCGCCCGGUGCCUGUCGCCGCCCUCUCCGGGGGCCCGGUGCCUGUCGUCCCCCCCGGGGGCCCGCGCCUGUCGCCCCUCCCGGGGGCCCGGCGCCUGUCGCCCCUCCCGGGGGCCCGGCGCCUGUCGCCCCCCCGCCCGGGGCGCCUGUCGCCC